UAGACCUGCCCAUGAUCAUAGCACAUGGCAUCUAGCAGGGCUUUUGCCUCACUUCCUUCCCCUCCCCCUCUUUCCCUUUCAUAUCCCCCAGAUUGAAACUUGUGCCCUUCUCAUCCCAACCCUCCAAAACAAAAUGGGUUUUUUGGUUAGGUGAAACUGUGCUGCCCAGGCUCAGAAGUCAAAGAUUGUCACUUGGAUCCCAUUGAAAACUAUGGAUCUCAAACUAUGGAUCUGGCUGACCAAAAGGCUGGAGGCCAGAGGGUCUCAGGUUCCCAGGAGAAGAGGAAAUAGAAGGUGGUCACUGAGGUGGAGAGCUGGUUAGCUCAGAGGCAGAACUGGCCUGACUGGUCAGAGGUCCAAAGAGGGAGAGGUGAGCUGCUCUGUUUGGGAGAGGUGGGGUUCUAGGCAGAGAUGCUGAUGUGAUCUGGUCUCAAAUGAUCUUUCUAGUCCUGCAGAGUGGAUUUUUUUCUUGCUUGGCUCCCUGCUCUUUGCCACUUCUUGGGGUCAGUGGGAAGCCAUAGGACAGAUGACCACUGGAUAGAUGCCAUCUUGUAGCAGGCAGGGAAAGAAUUGGAACGAUGCCAGCGGCAGGCGGACGAAGUGACGGAAAUCAUGCUCACCAAUUUCGACAAGGUCCUGGAGCGUGACGGCAAGCUGGCAGAGCUGGAGCAGCGCUCGGACCAGCUCCUGGACAUGAGUUCGGCCUUCAGCAAGACAACCAAGACUCUAGCCCAGAAGAAGCGCUGGGAGAAUAUUCGGUGCCGGAUAUACUUGGGGCUGGCAGUGGCUGGUGGCCUGCUCAUCAUCCUGAUUGUGCUGCUGGUUGUCUUUCUUCCAACGAGCAAUGGGGACAGUAGUAAACCAUAGGCCUAGUAUGCAAGCACAGCCUUAGGGACUGAGAACUGACCCAGCCAGGCCUGGAGGAGAGGCUGAAUGGCUGCACUGGCCUGUUCUGGACAGAGAAUCCUGGCGUUUGCUUCUGCCUAGGUCACCCGAGUGAGCGCUGAAGGGCAUCCUGGAUAUGUGCACAUCUGUCUCCCAUCAUGCCAUAGACUGGCCCUUGAGGGCAGCCUGCUGCACUGGCCCAUCAGCGACACCCCUGGAGCUCAGUAAAAGCUGCUGUUUGGUUAAAAGUG